AUGCCUUGUAAUCUAGCAUUAGGGAGCGUGAUCCUCAAAGUUCAAGCCGAAAACAUUUCAGCUCUUAACGCCUUGUGGUGUUUAUACACAGACGGGACGCUUAAGGAAUCCCUGCAAGCUUUGUUUUUCAUUGAUGAAUUGAGAGAACUUACCGGGGAAGAACAAGUGGAAGUGAUUGUGACCAUCGACGAAGAGGAAUACGAUAAAGCCCGCGAGGAGUUAAUCAGAGAAGCACAAGGUGUUUUUUUUCCCUAGUUUUCCAGUUAACAUUAACGCACUGAUGAUACCUAAUUUCAUCUUUAAAACUGGAAAAGUGUUAGAAGAGGAAAAUCAUUUUAAUUUUUGUUGUGAACUUGGGUAGCACUGAACCCGGAAAAAUCACUACAAGAUUCGAUGGGUAUUUUGGAUCGUCUGUUUUCCUUACGUCAGUUCGCUUUCUUUCCACAUACAGAAGCUUCUUUGGGUUUCAGGGAGACUGAGAAGAGAGAAAAAGAAAGCGCGCGUGGGGACUCGUUUCCCUCUUUCCAACGUUCCCCGCGCGUCUACAAUAAUUAUUUUUAUUAUUAUAGUUUUUUUUUUUCACGGAAUCCCUGAGGGAGCCUCUGUCUAGGAGAGAGAGAGAGUUGUGUUCAUUAUUUUGUUUUCCUUUACACUUGGUUUAAUUCUAUCAUGUAAAGGUCCUGUUGUGCAGAUUGAGGAGUGGCAGGAGAAAGUCGCUUACAUUCAGAGUUAUUUAGCACAAACCAAGGAUAUCGAUACUCAAAGCUUCACAACAGAAACAAGCGACAGUGGAAUAUCGAGAUCACAUGCUGCUCCUUCUGAACUUGGCGGACCUGAGGAAGCCAGCGGUAAGAUUUCACUAAGUUAUAGUUAGAGCAUAGUUAUUAGAGGAGACUGGUUAUGAAAAGCGGCAAACAUCAGUGAUAAAAACAACAGUGCUGCAGUUUAUGUUGGAGGCACCCUGAAAGUGCACAAUCCUUUGUUUUCUGUUGGCAAAUUGUUACGGAAUAAAUUAAUGCAACGUUUUCAUUGGUCAAUACAAUCAAAAUGAUGGGAAUUCUUUUGAACGUUGUGCACUUUCAGGUCCACAAAAACAUAUAACAAAGGAGUCUGACGGAUUUCAUAACCAUUCCACUCAAUUAACUAUGGUUAGAGGUUGUAUUCAAACUGAAGUCUUAUGAACAAUUAUUCCUCGAGCCCGAAUGGGCUCUGAGUCAAUAGCCCAUGAGGCCUAAGGCUGAAUGGGCUAUUGACUCAGAAGCCAUGAGGGCGAGAGCAAUAAUCGUUUUAGAAAAAUCCAUCUAGUUGAUCAAAAAUAUGGAGACAAAACAACUUUAGCUAGCAAAACGCGAUUCAGCAGCCAUUGUUUUGGUUUUCAAAGCCGCUCUUUUCGCUACUAGUGGGCUAUAACAUAUAGCCUAGUGGAAGCUCAACCAAUCAGAACGCAGCAUUGAUACUAAUUCCUGAUAUGUCAGAUUGACACGUCAUCAAGUCCAAGCGCGACUGCCUCAAGGCAAACAAUGCAGAAUAUUUUUAUGGCAGCUAUCGAAUUCUCUCUUGAAAAGACUGAAUUAAUUCUUCAAUUUUUGGACCUUGCCGAAAACUAUCUUCCGAUUAGUUUCAAUUAAUUGGCCUAAAAAUAAUUUUGGUGAAAUUCACAUCUCCCAAGGUCUAGACAAGGCUCAGGCCUCUCUGGCCCCUUAUUCUCUCUUGGUUUAAUCUACUGAGUUGAUAAUAUAAGGAAAGGUUAGACGCUGACCUCACGAUCGCUAGCUGAGGUCAGAUUAAAUCGAUUCGCUCUGACGAAGAGAAAGCACUCUGAGAGUCAGCACUUUUUUUGAAACUGUGAUUUCUUUACCCACGAAUCGACCCACUUAGGAGUUCUUAUGAACUCGUUUAAACGACGGGGUAAUUACUGCUUUUAUCAUUUCGCUACACUAUUUUUUCUGCUGGGGGAAAUUAACUAGUCGCAUUUCCUAUUUUUCCCUUUUUUCUAGAUACCAUUUCCAAUCUUUGCUUAAAAGAUUUAGAUAGCACAGUGACGGAAGAAUUGGCACGUAGACUCCGAAAUGACGUGACUUCUCUGCGGCAAUUUUGCAAGGCAUUUGGACUGGACCCUGAGAAACUGAACCCCAACGGGCUGCAAAGAAUAAGUGAAUUGUUUCCAGACACCCCAAUCAAGCUGUUAAGAGACGUUUUUGAGGAACUGCAGUUAAAUGAUCUCGUAGAGUUCCUAGAGAAAGUGAAAACACGAACACUUCGUCCUUCUGUUCCCCUGGAAGAAGUGAGGAAGUUCCUAAAUGCCAGUGAACGACCUACAAAGUUUUACAGCAAAGCAGAGGUUUUAGUAAUCGCGUACACUGACAAGACAGAUUCUGUAGACGCAUGCUUUGAAAACAUUGGAUCUUUUUUCGAAGGGCUACAUUCAGAGAGCCAGAUAACGGAAGUAACAGUGAAUGUUGCAGGGCAACUGGAUAAAGAUCUGAACAGUUUC